CGGCCGUGGCUUUCUACGUCUUAUUCCGCAUGGCUGGAGCGUCCACACCGGCACAGGGAAACCGGAGCGCGGUCCUGAGAGACAAGGAAAGCUUUCCUCAAAGUAACGGCUUGCCUCAUCUCAUGAAGCAGGUGGGAGACGGCUCGAGAGGGAAAAUCGCUGCUCACCUCACCGCAAAUCCCAACAAGGCCUGGUCCAAAGAGUUGAUCUGGCAGGAUGAUGUUGGCAUUGCCUUCUCGUACGGCAUCGAGUUCUCCAACAACAGCCUUUUGAUCCAGCAACCCGGCCUAUACUUCAUCUACACCCAAGUGGUCUUCUACGCCAGGCAGUGCGAUGGAAAGACCAUCUUCCUCAGCCAUGACAUGCACAAGCUCUCACCUUCCUACCCAGAGGAGACAAUCCUCCUGAAAGCCACCAAGUCCGUCUGCCACUACCAUCAUCACAGCGACCCCUGGUUCAAGACCUCCUACCAGGGUGCCAUCUUUGAACUGGAGGCCGGCGACAGGAUCUUCUCCAGAGUCCCCAAGCAGGUGGUCACAUACUUGGACACAAAGGAAGGCAAGACCUUCUUUGGAGUGUUUGCUUUGUGA